AUGGCAAAGCACAACAAAGCAUGGCAUUCAGAGGAUACUACCGGAGAAAUCUCAUAUGACUCUCCUUCCUUGAGCAACUUAAUCAAGGAAAAUCAAGAGAGGGAUCAAGUGAUUGCCGGGCUUGCAACAAAUGUAAAUGUGCUGACAAAGAUGUUUACCGAUAAUCAGACAAAAAAAGUGAAUGCAGUUGAAGAUGUCCAACCCAUCUUAGAUGAAAAUUUUGAGGAAGCAAAUUAUAUCAACAACCCUCAAGGAGGGUAUCAAAGGCAACCCUACCAUGGUCAAGGGCAACAAAGCCAGUGGAGGCCAAACCCGCAAGGGCAAGGCAACCAACAAUGGAGAAAUGAUCAAGGUAACUCGCAUCAAGGAAAUUGGAACAACAACAACAACUUUGCAAACCGGAGCUCCAACCCGUAUGUUCCCCCAAAAGGUCAUUAUGCAAAUCAAGGGUCGUCAAGUGAGUCAAAGUUAGAAAGCAUGCUUGAAAGAGUAUUGCAAAACCAAGAAAAGUCUGACGCGUCCAUGAGAAACAUGACCGAAGUUGUUGGCUCUCACACCGCAUCUAUCCAAAAGUUAGAGAUGCAAAUGAGAGACCUUUCAAGAGAGCAAAACCCAAAGCAAAAAGUGCAACUUCCUAGUGAUACCAUUGCGAACCCGAAGAGUGGUGGAAGUGGCCCAACUUCUCACGUCAUAGCAAUAACUACUAGAAGAGGGAAGGUUUUACAAGGUGACAUUGAGCAAGAGGUUAUUGGGGAAGAAGCCGAACAAGAAGUUGAAGCAGAAGAGCAAGGAGUUGUUGAAGUUGAAAGGGUGCCAGAAAAAGAGAAGGUGCAAGAAGUGAACCAAGAAGGGGUGAAGGAAAAGGAGAAGGAGACAUCAAAAGCUCCACCUCCUAUUCCUAGACCUCCUCUGCCUUUUCCUCAAAGACUUAUUAGAAGGGUUGAUGAUAGAAAACUUGAGAAAUUCUAUGAUAUUCUAAAGCAGUUGUCGGUGAACAUUCCAUUCUUUGAGGCUUUUCAAGAAAUGUCGGGCCCUGUCCAAAAGAAAGAGGACCCGGGAGCAUUUACUAUUCCAUGCACUAUCGGGGAGCGUGACUUUGCAAAAGCCCUUUGUGACAAUGGGGCUAGCAUCAACUUGAUGCCACUUGCCAUCUACAAGCAAGUGGGAUUAGGGAUGCCGAGGCCAACAAGCAUGAGGUUACAAAUGGUUGAUCGAUCUAUUAAGCGACCGGUAGGAAUUGUUGAUGAUGUGAUUGUGAAAGUUGGAAAAUUCCAUUUGCCCGCCGACUUUGUAAUUCUUGACUGUGCUGUUGAUAAAGAUAUCCCUAUCAUCUUAGGGAGACCAUUCCUAGCCACAGGAAGAGCACUCAUGGAUUCAGAGUGA